AUGAGCGCACCAAAGCAGAGGAAGGUGGCCAUUGUUGGCAGUCGGUCCGUCGGGAAGUCGUCCUUGGCGGUAAGGUUUGUCGACGGUCAUUUCGUCGAUAGCUACUACCCGACCAUUGAAAAUACCUUUAGCAAGACGAUUCGAUACAAAGGGCAAGAUUUCUCGACCGAGAUCGUCGACACGGCUGGCCAAGACGAGUACAGCAUACUAAAUUCAAAACACUUUAUCGGCAUACAUGGGUAUAUGCUAGUUUACUCCGUCUCUUCGUUGCCGUCUUUCGAGAUGGUUCAGGUCAUCCGCGAGAAGAUCCUCAAUCACCUGGGCACCGAAUCUGUGCCGAUUGUCAUUGUUGGCAACAAGAGCGACCUGCGACCGGAGCAACGGCAGGUUAGCACUGAAGAGGGCAAGAAGCUGUCGGAGAAGCUCCAGUGCGGCUGGACAGAGGCCAGCGCGCGGUACAACGAGAAUGUUGGCCGGGCCUUCGAGCUGCUAAUUGCUCAAAUUGAGAAGUCACAGAAUCCCGGAGAGGCACCUGAAAAGAGCAACUGCCGUGUUAUGUGA